UUUAAAUAUUGCAAGGUCUUGUCCGGUGGGCGUUUUAAACUUAGUUUUCUCUUAAGGAUUUUAGGGCAUGGACCGUGCGCCCGCAGCAUAUGAGACUACAUACGAGACAAGAUAUGAAACAACUGAUGUAUCAUCUGUAAUUAAUGUUGGUUUUGUCCGCAGUUUAAGCGGAAUCUUGAAGCUUUCUGAAAUUUUAUUGAGUUGUAUCGUGCUAAUUUGUGUAGCUGCCACAUCAUACUGGUCGCUUCAUCCUUCUGGUGGAUGGGUGAAUUUUGUUGCAUCCAUCACUUUAAUAUGUGCAGCCGUCUUCUAUAUUUUCUAUUUGUUCAACUUAAUCAGAAAGUUGCCAGGCCCAUGGAUUAUAAUUGAAUUUGCUGUCCUUUUAAUAUGUACCUUCUUUUGGUUUAUAACGCUGAUUGUUUCAGCUGCAAAUCAUCAUAAAGGCUCUGGAGCUAUCGCUUCUGCUGUGUUUUCUGCAGUCGCUCUUGCUGUCUACAUUACAGAAUUAGCAACUCGCUUCCGAUGUGAACGUAGAGGAAAUGGUUUUAUUAUUACAAUGACUGGUGUAAUGACUACGCAUGCUACACGUGCUCCUCCUGCAUUCACUCAACCCACUCCAGGUCAUAUACCAUCAGAGUCAACAGAUCCGCAUAUUGGAUUUUCAGGCGCUUAUGCACCAGGUGAACGUGCAGACGAAGGCUAUGUUAUGCCAUAAAUGUUGUGCAUAGUUCAUGCAUAUUAAUUUACCUCCAUUAGCUCUCACAUCACUUUAUUGUUGUGUGCGUAUGCUUGUGCGUGUGCGUGUGAGAAUCUUUUUUACAUUUUGGUUAAACCUUUUCUCAUUAUUAGGCUACUAUACAUGUGUGCUUUUUUUGGCAUAUGAAAACUAUUCACACCAACUGUUAUUCUUCCAGCUGACGAUAAGAUGAGGAAACAGUCGAAUUCACACAAUACCAAUUACUAUUGUUAUUAUUAUUAUUAUGAUGGCGACUACGAAUAUUGUGCACCUCGUCAUAUAUGUAUAUUAUCUCUAUUGAUCUAUUCUGUAUUGUGAUCAUUGUAUCUGAUAUCAUUGCUGUUAACUUUCAAGUUGCUUUACGGAUUACUUCUAUAUCUAUCCUUACUCUAUACAACACUCCUCACUCUUUUAUAUUUGGCAACUUCAGUAUGUUCAAAAUAUCUCUAGUUCAGUGUUGCUCUCUACCUUCCCGCUUCCCUGUUAUUUUCUGUAUGCCUAUAAACAGAAAUAUAGAUCUUCUUAUUUGCUCAUUAGACUUACACAGACUUUGUUCAACACACAUUCCCUACUCUAUCAUCUCGUCUACACCGAUCACACCCCAGUCCUUGAAUUGAUUACAUCAAUUAUUUAUUCAGCUUAUAUGUAUCACUUCGUUUCUGCUGCUGUUGCUGUUGCAUUGUUUAUUCCUUUGAAUUCUUCGUCUUCAUUUGCUCUGUUGAUUCAAGUAUUCUUAUUGUUUCAUGAUACUGUUGAUUAUUCCUAUCCCUGGAAAUCAUUUCCUCAACUAUUAUAACUAAUCUAAAUUAAAAAUGAUUGUGUUCUAAAAAUAUACACACUGACACGAUUG